CCUGGUGGUUAAUUGUUAUAGCGUGAUGAGCACAUUGAAAGUGACGCAAAAGAGCAGCAGUCAGGUUGUGGGUGUCAUUAACAAGCCUGAGGUGUGAAAACAUUCUUUUUUGUACUUUAAAUACUACUUGAUAUAUAACGGCCUUCUAAGAUCAAUUAAAGUUUUGUUUCAUAAAUAAAUCAAAGCCAGUUUGUGGGAAAGCUCAGAGUGGUUCAGGAAGGAUACCAUUAAUUAUUACAUGCAGGCUAGUGGCCCGUAUGGGAAUCAGAGUUCUGACAGAAGGAGAGAAGGAGGAAGGGGAGGAGGGGAAAAAAAACUUGCUGGCACCGCCUGUCAGAUUCACAGCAAAUCCAGGCAAUUUAUCACAACGCCUCAUCUAACCCUAAACUGUCUAACUGGCUCCAUCGGACAGGGUGUCUACACUGAGGCUGCUGAGCUGCUCCUCGCAGUGUUUAGCUCGCACACAGGGGGGUUGGUUCGCUGCUGAUGCUGGGGAGAUAAAUUCGUUAUCUCCCAUCUUAUCGCCAUCUCUUCUCCCCCCUCCUCCCCGGAACUGAGUCGACACCGGUGGCAUAUUGGACGCGCUGGAUGGCUGCUGCACUCAGCGGACCGGCGUGAAUCUUUUUUUCCAUCAUCAUUUUUCUUUGCCUUUUAGUCUGUAAACAAAAGAUCAACUGCAGCAACAAUGACAGACCCGGCGACCCAGGAGUCCUACCCUGUCCCGGACCCGACGAUUGUGGAUCCCUGCCCGGCCACAGUGCGGAACGGCCAGUGCGCCCCGGAUGGCUUCACCAACAACCAUCACCAGCAAGCCAAACCCCCCGGCCAGCAUGAGCCGUUCUCUACGGGCCAGGAGAUGAAAAUCACGGACACUGUGGAGGGAGAAGGUCUUCUGGAGAGCAGCAUGCGCCUGAAGCCCCAUGAGGCUCAGAGCUACAGGAAGAAGGCACUCUGGGUCUCCUGGAUCUCCAUCGUGGUCACACUCAUACUGGCCGUGGCAGCUUUCACUGUAUCAUUCAUGAGACACAGCGCAUCAGCCUUUGGAUUUGCCUUUGAUGCCACGCUGGACGUCCUGUCUUCAGCCAUCGUCCUCUGGCGCUACAGCAAUGCAGCAGCUGUGCACUCUGCACACAGAGAGUACAUAGCUUGUGUAGUCCUUGGGAUUGUGUUUGUUCUCUCCUCCUUGUGCAUCCUUGGGAAGGCCAUCCAUGAUCUGGUGACCAGGGUGCCCCCAGAAGUGGACGACUUCCUCUUCAGUGUGUCUAUAGUGAGCGGGCUCACAUGUACUCUACUCGCUGUGGCCAAGUUCAUGCUGGGAAGAGUGCUGACUAGCCGGGCACUUAUCACUGAUGGCUUCAACUCUUUGGUCGGUGCUAUUAUGGGAUUUUCCAUUCUGAUCAGCGCCGAAGUCUUCAAGCACCACACUGACGUCUGGUUUCUGGAUGCCACCAUCGGGGUUCUCAUUGGAUUCAUCAUUUUUGCAUAUGGCGUCAAACUCCUGAAGGACAUGGUGCCCCGUGUGAGACAGACGAGGAACUACGAACGUUUCGAGUGAGAGAUGUGUGUGUUGAGCAGGUCAACACGCACAUGCCCACACACACCUGGCUGCCUCCUGCCCUCCGCCCUCUUCUCUCUGUCUUUCACAUACAUCUUAAUAUAGAUUUCACCUGCACAUGCAGCACAUAUGGACUUUACAUGCACAUGUUGUGGAAUAUACAGACAUGUGCUGUAAAUACUGUACAAAAUGCGUUCAUACAUUCAGGCAUAAGCAAACACACAAGCACACAUACACAAACGUCGCAGAGAUUUUGAGGGAAAAGGACAUGAUUGAAGAGCACCUCCCGAAAAGAAAACACUUCAGUUAAAUUUGUAUUUUCUGCUCUUCCAUGAAACCACCAGUUUAAAAAUGACACUUUAAAGAAGAAAAAGCCCAACAGAAAAUUCAAAAUGAUGAUUUUUUUUUUACAAUUUAUACAAAAUAUGUUUUCCCAAGCAAUUUACAUUAGAAAACAAAAAAAGAGCUUUUAAAGAACAUUUUUUGUCUCCCUAUUGUAACCUAAUUAAGAUUAAGAUUAAGACUGAGAGCUGCCAACUAAUUUUUGUUUUUUUGAUUUUUAUUUUUUUGUUCAUUUUGUUCUAAACCUCACCAGCCUCUUCUCCUCAAAGCAGUCCAUCCUCAUAUGCUUCUCCAGUAGAUGAAAAGCAUCAGCACACUCAGUGAAGUCAAUCGAGAAUCCAAACAGCAGUAAAGCGGACAGGAGACACUGAGGACAAACGUGUGCCAUACGAUGGCAAUAAACCUAAGUGCACAAGACAUUUAACCAGUUGAUAUUGCAUUGUACUGUCUAGCGUACUGUAUGUGAUGCAUCCAAGCACAAAUGAGCAAACUUUCCUUCAUGCACUGGUGUAUGUUGCUGAUAGCUUAGCAUACAAGGGGUUAUUAAAAACUAAGGAAUUAGCUGAGGCUAUUUAUGCUCUUUUAUCUUAACUGCUGUAUCAGACAUUACACGUAUCAUUGCUGUAUGUGGUAGGCUGCGCAUCUCGUGAUUUGUUACUAACAUCCCUUCAGCUUAUUUUCUUUCUUUUUUUGUUUUUCUUGUACUUGAAACUUAGUUUGACAAAGUUCAGAUUUGCCAGGCAACAACUGAGGAAUACAGUCAAAGUUUUUAGCAGGGGAAGCUGGAAAAAAAAAAUCAGUAUUUAUCAAGUGUUUCUGUUCUAUGACUUUUUCAAGCUUAGAUAAUCAAUAAAAGCACUAAACUCUUUGGGAAAGUUUCCUGUACCUUUUGCUAUAAUCUUGUUAUUUAUUGUUGUCUCUGUGGAAUACAGCUGUGGUAGGCCUAUUUAUUACUUUAUUAAUCUUAUUAUGUUAUUCAUAUUUUCUGCCUUUUUUUCUCAUUCUGACUGCAAAGCUCUUAUGGAAGGUUGAAUAAGACUCAGACUUAAGAUGAAACAAAGCACAAUGACAAAGAUGAAGUGUGAAUACCAUUUACAUUGCAUAUCAUUUGCAGAGACAGCAUUUUCUCCUGUGUUCUGCUUACCUGCUCAUUUGUUCUGCAUGCUUCCACCACUAUCAUUAUCAUGUGCAAUGAACAGAAUGUAAAUACAAACCACACUCUUGUAAAUAUGUUUAUUACAUCGUCUGGGUGCAUCAGUAAAAGUCACAACUAUAGUCAUAGUACUUUAUGGCCGACAAUACAGGCUUUUUGGAGUAGACCCCAUUAGGUACAGAGUGAUCAAUGUUGCAUAUAGUUGAAAAUGUUUACUCUAUAGUGCUUAUAUUGUAAAUGUUGUUUUACAUAUUACUGUAGAUUAUUGGUGAAAUGAUAAGUCUAAGUUUUUGAAUUGUAAGUGAAAAAUCUCAGACUGGAUGCAGGUGUGAUCGGACAGAACUGUCCAAGACUCCUCGAGCAUAUCAUUAUUUUACAUGCAGUAGGCAUAAAUUUACCUGCAGGCACAAAUCGGUACUAUUUAUCAUAAGGUGAUGAAUCAUGUGGAUGUAACAAAAUUAAGAGGAAUAUGUUCAUGGUUCGAAGCUCCUCAUGAGUGAUAAGAUUAAUGAAACUGAGUUUUAUACAAAUGCACUGAGAUUAAUUCAAUUUGAAAUCGAUAUUAUCCAUGAACCAUGACCACAAAAUCUUAAAUGAGGUUCUCCAGAGAGCUUGUGAGCCCCCUUGUGGCUGGAGGAUACAUGACAAGGCUUUUAAAUUGUAUUCAGUGCACUGGAUCCAUGUGUGAGAAUCUAAUUUUAUCCAAGGCUGAAGACAGUUACAAAGCCUUGGUCAGUGAUUCUGAGAGCACCUGCGUCCAUCCUCCACUGUAAUUAUCAACUCAGAGUCGACAUUACUGGAAAAGGUGCAAAAUUACUGGUGUUAUCUUUAGUUCUAGUGUGUGAAGAAUAAGGAUUAACUGUAAAACGAGGCGUGAAGCGGCUCACACCUCACUGACUCACCAACAGCGCACUGAUUUGUAAUGCCCCCAACCCCCCCAUUCUCUGAUGCAUAGAAGACAAUCUCUACAGUGACUUUUAUUGGCAAAGCACAGUGUUUACAUCCUAAUAUCCACCACAUAAGACACAGAACAAACAUAAUAAUUUCAUCUUAGUAACAGUAUGCUUCACUAGCUCUACUGCUCAUAUGGUUAACGAGCUUGUGUUUGGAUAAAGUUGAGAUUAUAUUUUGAUCUUGGCAACAAAAUCCUUUCUACCUCUCUUGUUUGCACUUUGUUUUAUUUUCAUGCCACUUGUGCUCAUUCAUUCCAUAGAAAAUUUAGGCCAGGGUGCUGUGAUUGUGGCCCGUGGCCUCUUACACUUCUUAAUAGUGAGUGAUCUCUGAAGUUGUUUGCACUCACUGGAAAACACUGGAGAAGUGCAACAGCUG